AUGUGGGCGGAAGACGUAUCCGCAUCCACGGGCCCGUGGAUACGGAUACGUGUUUGCGCGGAUGCCCGCGCGCGGAGCGCGUCCACGCGACCGCGCAGCCACGGGGCCCGCGCCCGGGCGUCUGCACCGCGAUGGCGUGGACACAGAGAUGCUUUCGCCGCUCGUGGAGAGCCGCGCGCCAAAGCUCGCUUCUCUGCCCCUCUUGGGCCGCUCUUGCGUGUCAGCCGGGCGAGGGCGCGGCGGCGGGCGCGGGCGCAAGCGCGCGAGGGCGGACGGCGGCGAGGAGACGCCGCCGGCCAGCGCCGCCGCCGGCCUUGCAGCGGGAGGCGACGGCGGCCAGGAGGCGGAGACGCCGGAGGCGCUGCAGGCGCCGGCGGCGCGGAGGAGAUGGGGCGCGGGCCUGCUGCGGCCUGGAGCUGCGGACAAACCCGCGGAGCCCCUGGCCGAGGCGGCGCUGGGGGCGCCGAAGACGGCGUGGGGCAGCCGGCUGCGGCGGCCGACCCGGGUGAUCGCCCUCGACGCCGGCCUCGAGAGCGACAGCGACGCCGACGGCGUCGUGCUGCUGGGGCUGCAGGGCCACCUGGCCGCCGGGUUCGGCAGCGCUUCCUCGUCCAGCUCCAGCGCGGCCGCGCCCAGGGCGGGCCCGGGCGCGGCCAGGACCGCACCUGGGCCCCGCGGCUCGGAGCUCCCGCCGCGGCCGGACAGCUCCGACGACGAGGAGAUGGGUGAUCAACGUGGAAUCGACCUGUCCAGCUCUCCGCUCAUGAGCACCCGUUGGGGCCGGGUGGUCCUAGACGAGGCGCACCGCAUCAAGGGGCGCAUCAACAGCACGGCGCAGGCAGCUUUCGCGCUGAAAGCCAGCACGCGCUGGUGCCUGUCGGGCACCCCCCUGCAGAAUCGCGUUGGCGAGCUCUACUCCUUGGCCCGCUUUGUGCGGUUCUACCCGUACGCGCACUACUUCUGUGUAAAGAAGGGUUGUGAUUGUGCCUCGCUGCACUACCGGUUUGAUCCCACGACUUCCACAUGCUGCAAGUGCGGGCAUGCGAAGGCACAGCACCGGAGCCACUUUGCGAGCGAGGGGCAUGGCUGCGGAUCGACUCCCAUCAAGCGAUUCGGCUUCAUGGGCGCAGGGAGGACGGCCAUGGAGAAGUUGAGAGCUGAUGUGCUCGACAAGAUACUGCUCCGCCGAACGAAAGAGGAGAGACAGGCGGAUAUCCGGCUGCCGCCGCUGAAGAUCAGCAUCAGGAAGGACAGUCUGAGCGCGGAGGAACGGGACUUCUACACCUCGAUGUACAUGCAGAGCCAAACAAAGUUCGACACGUAUGUGGAGAAGGACACGCUUCUGCAUAAUUACGCGCACGUGUUCGAUCUGAUCAUGAGGCUUCGGCAGGCCCUGGACCACCCGUACCUGAUCGUACACGGCUCCUUGAGACAGGAGAACGGCCUGAUCCCCUCGAAGAGCCGGGGAGACGCGCACGUGUGCGCGCUGUGCCAGGAGGACGUGUCCGAGCGCUCCGAGCUGGUGGUGGCCAGCUGCGGCCAUGCCUUCCACCGCGAGUGCGUGAGCGAAUACCUGGAGCAGGCGCCGACGCUGCCCACGGGGGGCAUCGGCUGCCCGACCUGCUUCGCUCCCCUGACGCUCAGCCUGGAGGAGGCCGACGACGACGAUGCGGCAGGCCUCGGCGGCGAGAUGGGACUACCCCCCGACGAGGCUACUCUCGCUAAGAAGCCACCGUCCCGCUCCAUUCUGCAGCGCAUCAAGACGGCGGAGUUCAAGACCUCCACCAAGAUCGAGGCGCUGCUGCAGGAGGUGCAGCAGAUGAUGCAGAACAAUGGCUCCAGCAAGGCCCUCGUGUUUUCACAAUUCGUAAAUUUCCUGGAGCUCAUCGAGUGGAGGCUGAAGCGCGAGGGCAUCCAAUGCGCGAAGCUCUUGGGCAGCAUGCCGAUUACCAACCGCAACAACAUCAUUUUGUCCUUCAUGUCCGAUCCUCACUUGAAGGUGCUGCUGAUAUCUCUGAAGGCCGGCGGCGAGGGGCUUAACCUGCAGGCCGCGGACCACAUCUUCUUGAUGGACCCCUGGUGGAAUCCGGCUUCCGAGCUCCAGGCUAUCCAGAGGGCGCACCGCAUCGGGCAGACGAGGCCCGUGAAGGCUGUGCGCUUCGUGAUGACCGACACCAUCGAGGAAAAGAUCAUCGAGCUGCAGAACAAGAAGCAGUCUGUCUUUGACUGCACCGUUGGGGGAAGCAACACGGCCCUGCAGAGACUCACGUCGGAAGACAUCAAGUUCCUCUUCAACCAGUGAGGGGGGUGUUAGAUGUCGCGACCUAUCCAGUCCUGGCCUUGUGUGGGGGUCCUCGAGCAUCCCAAUCGGGGAGGACGCCGAGGACGGACGACGCAGGUCCGAGGGCGGCGUCCGCGCGGCCGGGGUAGAAGCACAGGCUGGCGUCCGCCACAUUGGAAAGCGGCCUGGGCUUUGCGUCGAAG